GCGUGGGGUUUCUGGAGUGCUGUUCACCACAGUAUGACUCGUUACGAGCUUGUUGGAUUUAGUGGCAGUUUGAGGAUGUUUGUCGUCAUUGCGUCGCAUCUCCGGCUUGGGGUUUCUGGAGUGCUGUUCACCACAGUAUGCCUCGUUACGUUUGCCCACCAUUCCCAAUGUCUAGCGAAGAAGCUUGAGACACCUACUGUCGAUGAACUGGGCUUCACAAAGAGAUAUGUACGUUGCUUGCAGAUUUCUGAGAUUGUGAACAACAUGACAGAUCUAAUGGAUUAUAGCGAGGAGCAUGGCAUCAAUCCAAUUGCAAGCUUGCAAAAUUAUCCUCGGCGGGAAAACGUUGGGAGCAGCAUGUCCACUGUCUCCUCCCAGGAUGCACAGAUAUUGCAGACAUUAGCAGGACCUGGGGACCAUGGUAGCAGCUUGGCAGGAGGUGCAGGUAGUGUGUUGGGAGGAGGAGGGCCAUCAAGGAGCAGCAGUCAGCAACAGCAGCAGCAACAGCAUCAGCAUCAGCAUCAGCAUCAGCAUCAGCAGCAACAUCAGCAGCAGCAGCAGCAGCAACAACAACAGCAGCAACAACAGCAGCAGCAGCAGCAACAGCAGCAGCAACAACAACAGCUCGCUAAUGGUCAGAUAAGUAACCAGCUGGCUGGGCAAAUCAGCAGCCAGCUGAGCACUAGCGCUCGUGGUGCUGGCAUCACCCUGAACAGCACUACUGGGAGUGUGAUCAACGGUGGCGGUCCCCUCAGCAGUGCCGGAAACGGAACGUUGAAUCCUGUUGUGCAGUCAUUGGCAACCUCGUCAAUGAAUUCGUCAGUCAACUCCCUUCAGCAGGGUGUAGGAGCAUUGCCCAAUUCAUUGCAGGCGAUGCCGGGAGGUGGGCUCUCGGCUUCGAUGGUUAAUGCGCUAACAGCUGCCCUAACAACUCCUGCGAGGACGUCAUCGAACAGUCCGCUUUCUACUGUCUCUGCGGCCUUGGGUGUAGGAUCAAUGGCCAAUCCUUUGCAUGCACAUCAGUCAGCAGCUAUGGGUUCGAUUGUCCUGAGCCCACAAGGAACACAGCCGGCUGUGGCUGGGUAUCACGGGCAGCAUCAGUCCCAACAGGCGUUGAACACCCAGACAGCUAUUCAUCAUCAUGUUCAGGGUGCUCAGCAAGUCCGGUCCUCGCAGCAUCAGCAACAGCAGCAGCAACAGCAGCAGCAACAACAGCACCAGCACCAGCACCAGCACCAGCAGCAGCAGCAGCAACACCAGCAGCUAAGUCUCCAUCAACACCAACAGCAGCAGAGUGCAGUGCACCUUAUUCAGCAGAUGGUUGCGCAGCAGCUGGCUAACAACUCACUGCAGGCUGGCAGUGUGGGAGUCGCAGGAUCAAUGGGGCUUGGCGGAGUGAGUGCUCUGGACGCAAACCUAGGAAACUUUGGAAGCCUGAGUGCAAUUUCUAAUGGAGGCGGUGCGGGGAGCUUGGCGAGUCUGGGGGGAUUGGGAGCUGUAGCUGCAGUGCAGCAGGGUCUGCAACUACAGGACCAGGUGCAACAAGCACAUCACGAUCCAGGAGCAUCUGCUGCAGCCGGUCUCCUUCGCACGCUUGGUGCAGGAUCGAACUCCAACUCCUUUGGUAACCUCGGGGCCAACUUGCCGUUCUCGUGGAAAUCUCUGUAGAGUGAGUGAUUUCUGAUGUUCUAUGCGAAUUGGAAGGACCCCUGUGGGAGUCAAAAAGGUACGUUUGAGCUCGCGAAAAGCGCCACUGUACUGUUUUCAUACACAAUCAGGGCCCAUGUUACCCUGCUGCCCUGCCCACCUCCCUCAAAAGGCCUCCCACCCAUUAUCCGAUGCUGCGAUUGUUUGCUGCUGCGGAGUUGGAAGGAUGGGUGCAUGGUUCUGACUGUGAGAGUUUUUAUCGCGUUGUCGUGUGAGGAUGGCUCGUUCGUUCUUUGCUAUCUUGUUUCUUUGAAUUUGUUGUUGGUUCACUUUCCUGUUGGUGGACCCGCUUUCAUAUGAGAAGCAUGCAUGGCCAUAUCAUAACAGGAGACCAUGGCUUUGCGGUUCUGGCCAAUGCCACCCUCACUCCCCCUUGGUUCUUGGUUCCCGUUCUCCUCCUUUCUGUCGUUCACGGCUUAGGGAAUUUUAGGCUUUAUAUACUUCCAAGCUAUUUUGAGCUUGUCGAGUCAUGGUUUGUGGUAACAAAGGGACUCGUCUUCUGUACGAAUGAGUGGUGGGUGGGAGUUGAUGUAGGGAAGCAUCUUGGUCUGGCGACCAAGCGAAUUCUUCAUCUGAUUGCCACCGUCUUUGCAACUGAGUUUUGCUGUAUAUGUCAAGGUCCCAUUGAAGAGGGGAAGAGGUGGGGGGCAGGGUUAUCUUCCUUUGUGAACACUCCUGAAAUACCUCAAGCCAACAGGUCUCCUGCAGAUGUUGGAGUUCAAUUAUCUGUGUCGGUAACUAGCUUCUGCCCGUCUGCAAUCCUUGCUAACUGCCAAAUGCAAUGUGCGCAGCGACUCGACAUGAAACCAACUCCAGCCGGUUAGGAAGCAUCCGGCAGGCAUUCCCUGCAUUUUACACCCAGCAAGAAGGCAGGCUGAUGUGAAGAGGCAUGGGCCAGGAUUGCUUACAUGUAGUAGAGGGAGUCUGAGAGUGAAGAGAUCCUUCUCAGCCACAAUAUCGGCCCUUCUUGUUGUCCUCGACUCUGGUCAGAUCAUUCCACUUGGGGAUACUUCAACAGUUACCUAAAGAAAGGUGUACCUGCUUGAAUGCGUCUUCGAUGGUGUAGGAGGUGACAGUCGUCAUAUUUUUCCGAUGUCUGCAGACGAAAGUGGUCGAAUGAUCAAAUUCUAAUAUCUAGCCUUAUCAUGCGGCCCUCAUUGCUGCAUGGGAUUCCAAACCAAUUGGAGAACAAUCCCACAUCUCCUUCAUCAUCUUUUCGGUGUCCAGGUCGAUGCGAAGGAAGGUACAGCUCAAAGCUAUCGGAGCAUAGCUUGCACGGCUGUAGCCGAAGGAAUGUUUAUGUUUUGCCGGAGGAAAUGAAGCUGGUCGCGUAAUCGAGGUCGGAGUGGUGAUUGGAAGCAAAAUUUACCAUGUGUAUGUGCAAUAUCAUCAUCAUUCGUCACAUUUAUCGUCUUCAUUAUCAUCAACACCCAGCCUGGCAUCCAGGAAGAGGGCAGGGCAAAGGGUGGUAGGCGUGGGUGCACAAGUUAUAUGUUUCUUUCAUUCUAUCAAGUUUUUAAAACUGUUUUACACCUCUUGCUCGUAGGCGCCACUGCUGAUUCUGGUAGUGGCAAUGGGCAUGUAUUUAUUUUUGUUUGUUUCACCGGUUCAGGAGCACAGCAAUUGGCUGAUCUGGUCCCAGAUUUGAAAACCUUCGGAGAUUGAACAGGUAAACAGAAAGGGGAUAGGACAAGAGUUCUGUGACAUGGCUUCCAGGUCUGAUCGUUCUGCACUAGUUUCCGGUCCGUUUCUGUUCAUAAGAACAAUCCGUGUGUUCCACUUUGGAAGGAGGUCGAGGGGGUGCAGGAAGGUUGGGAACAGAGGGGAGCUGGUUGGCGGUGCUGGUGGCUUCCCUGCAAACGGGCUUGAGGUCCGUCCUUGUCAUGGCCUACCGGGUUGCCCGGGAGGUAGUGGUUGCUUGUGAUGUGAAAUGAGGCAGCCAGCGAAUACCAGGGAAAGGUUUGUUUGCGGCAGGUCAUGGGAAGUGUUCUCCGUCAAGAACGGGCAGCACGUCAAAUGCUUGUGAGCAGCGGUGAAGGCUUUGGUCUGUGAGCACAACAGGGUGUACGGGAUGUCCUCGAAUUGCUGAAGAGGUAGAUGAUGAACUUGUUUUCCAGCACAGCGGGAAAGUAUUAUCGUCCGUGCCAACUCCUGUAGGAUGGGAAGCAGGUGUGUCCACAUCAACGGGGUUAAGGAGGGAGGAAAAAUAAAUACAACUGGACGGAGAGCUAGCAGAAGGCAAGCAGGAUUCUAGAGCUCGAUAACAAACUAGCAAGGUACCGUAGAGGGUGUACCGAUACAGAACAAACUUAAGCAAGGCCCCACUGUUUUGCAUGUACAUAGAUGGUGUUGAAAUGGACGUGAGCAAACGAUACAAGGCACCGCAUACGUGUGUGUGUGUGUGUGUGUGUGUGUGUGUGUGUGUGUGUGUGUGUGUGUGUGAGAGAGAGAGAGAGAGAGAGAGAGAGAGAGAGAGAGAGAGAGAGAGAGAGAGAGGGCCAUGCUGGAUGAGGAAAAGAUGGUGGGGGUCACAUGGCCAGUGGUGAAACGGAUGGUAAACUGUUGGCAGGAAGAAGGGAGUUCUGCAACAGAGGACAGCUAUAGGGUAGAGGAAUGAACGAAAAGGCUGAAAAAGCAACUGGGCAUUUGACAUUAGGUUGAAUGGCUUGUUUGGGUGGGGACCGAUUUUGCUCCCCGCAGAGCGAACUGUAUGUAGUUGUAGAAAAUGCAGGUCAAGCUUUGCUUGUAUGGGGUGCGAUGCUGGUCAAAGGAGAAUGAAAAGGGAACAGGAAGAACACCGCAUCUGAGGGGAUAGGGCUACUCCGUGCAUGCUGUACGUUCGCUUCGAGUGUCGAGGCUGUGUCAAGAUGUAGUCACCAACUGUUGCGAAGUUGUAUACAGGAUGCCAAAUUCAUGCAGAUUUUCGUUCUACUGUGUGUUGGGGGAUGGAUGGCUGAGUUUGCGAGCGUGUUUUUAUGAGAGGCUGGAGCUUGUUAUGGGAGAGGUGGGAGCAUAGUUCAACGAGGAGGCUACGAUAAGCGCAAGGAUUGAGGUGACUGGCUGAUUCUCUUCUGCUUGUUUCAUCUGGUUUGUUUUAUGGUACUUCAUUCACAUUACGCACACACUGAGAGAGAGAGAGAGAGAGAGAGAGAGAGAGAGAGAGAGAGAGAGAGAGAGCACCAGAUGCCUAUGGAAUGGCAAAUUUUCCGUUGUGGGGUCAUCCUUGCUUUUCGUGAGAAGCUAGAAAAUGUGAGCAAGUUUUUUGCAAGCAAUGAUUUUUGUAGUCUAUUUGUACUGGUGCCAAUUGAUUGAUGUAGUUGGGGGGAGGGGGAGGGAGGGAGGGAGGGAGGGAGGGAGGUGACCUUUUCCUACCAUAGUUUGUUUUCUUUUUCCCCUUGCAAUUCACGAACAAUAAGGCUCACAGCCUUUGUUUCAAUUUGUAUCCUCUAUUGUCAUGUUUUACAGCAGACUUCGCUAUUCUACUCCUUUUUCCGAGUCUGUGUUCAUUUGUUGUAGCAUGCUCUGUGUCUGUGCACACAUGUGCAAUCGGCAAGUGUGUUUCUGCGGCACUAUGCAAAUGGUUCAUGAGCUCCCGGGAGCAUUCGGAUGACCGCCCUGACGGCUCUGCCCAGUGCGAGCCACAAUUCCGCGUACGAGUGUAUAGCUCGCAGAGCCUUUGAAUGACAGUCAUGAUGCCCAUGCCUGGCAUUACAAAAGAAUGGGGUUUGAGAGUUGAACGGGCAGUAUCUAUGGGGAAAGAGGACUGGCAAAGUCCUCCAUGCGGUGAACUGUCCACUCGUGGUUGGCCUAAGCACUUGAAGUCAGCUGGUGUGGAAGACUGUUUCACUAGCCUUAUGCCGACUCAUGGAAAGGGUGGAUCGCAAUGGUGUUGACUGUAAUCCUUUGCUUACCGUCCCAGCAGCAGAGAAUCUGCACAAUAUUUGAGCUGUAUGUGAACGUCUCACAGUGACCCGUUUAUGUCAGAGAUGGACACACUAUGAUGCAUGCGGGGAGGAGUGGGUGUGCUUUUCUAUUUAUCAGGGGCGCACUGCUGUUCUCAUCAGGGGUAGGAACGAACAAUCUUCUCGGAUUUUGCAUGAUAUUACGGAAUUUGGCCGGGGCGGUUUGCCAGAAGGCAUUAUAAAAAAAAUGCAAUUCUGUACGGACUGUCGAGGUUCAGCCUCCCGAUGAAUCGACGAAAGUGGCGAAACUCUCUUUCAGUCAUCGUGAUUUCUUUUUAUGGAGUUGUGUUUAUCGAGCAUGAUGUCGCACUCAUGCAGACAGAAUCACAUAUACAAUGUAUACUCCCAUAUACAUGCUACAUAUGCAUAGUACAUACCUCCUGAAGAGUCCUAAUUAAGACGGCUACAGGGUAUCCAAUCCACCAGCAGGCUUGCGACCUCCCUCUUGACUCUGCGGUUGUGCAUUUCUUGUGAGGAGCCUACCUUCGUCACCUGAAUAAAACGUAUGGUCAUUG